AUGGACGCUUACCCGGAAGACUAUGUUGCCCACAACUUACCCCUCAUCCUGCUUUCUGGUCUCGAAGCAGGAUGUGAGGAGACCGCAGAGGCUGGCAAUACCGACUAUCCACUGCUAAAUGAGAGAGGCUCUCAAAUAUACUCGGAUUUCCCGUCCUUGAGCGGAACGAUUGCGGAGGAGUUGCGGACCGUGCUUAUGGAGGAGGAUGCCUCGCAGGCUCCAUGGAACUCGAGGAAUGAAACACACAAUGAAUCAUCAGGAAUUAGGGUUCAGAUAAAAAGCAUUGGAAGGAGCUUCAAACUUCCUCCGCGAAAAGCUGAUCCUCCCACCACGUCUCGACCAGCAAGUCCGACGACCGACUCGUACACUGGAACGCCCGCAGGAAUACCAUGGGUACUUCAUUCUCCAAUCUCUCCAUUGACGCCGAAAUCACCGACUUUCCCAGACGGGCUACUUACCCCAUUAUGGGUAACAAAGCACCAAAAGUUGGUCCCAUCGGCCGUCGUCAACUUCUUCCCCUUUUCGCUCGACUCGAACAUGAAUUCACUGCGUGAUAACCAGCUCAAGAUUGAAAUCAAUGAACUGAGGAAACAAUGGUUUUCAUCCGGCUUCAAGACUCGCUUCCUGGUUGUGUUUGUGUCGGAAGAUGGCCGUGAAGAUCAACUCACGGAUGUCGAUGACCGAGUUGCGGGUAUCAGGAGAGCAACGAACCUAGAUCCCAGGUCCAUCUUCUUCAUCUCCCCAGGCAUCACAACGGCGGAGUUGAGAAUCUUUGCUUCCGCUUUAAUUGGUUCUCUUCAACCUUGGAUUGUCGAAUACUAUCGCGACCUGUCAAAACACGCAAGGCGCAAGCGGAACAGAAGCACCAUCCCCCCUCCAACCGCUCCUCCAACAAGUGGGACUUCACAGACGUUGUCAGUCCAAGGGUGGAAUAUGCGCUAUGAGUUCAAGCUUGGCAUCUUCGCAGAAUUUCGGCAAGAAAUGGAUGCUGCCUGUAGGAAUUACGAGAGCGCAUACGAAACCCUCUUCGGUCAGGAGGUCUUUGAGAAUAUUGCAGGCUGGAGCCCCCGGUUCAACGAUGCGCGGCUUCUGGCAGAUUCUCUCGCUAUUCGGAUUAUCCGAUGCCAGCUUUGGACCGGGCAAACCACAGCUGCGGUGCGGUCAUGGGUCAGCCACAGAUAUCGCUCGCAGGGUGUAAUCAAUCGACGGGGCAAGGGAACAAAAAACUACGGAUGGGAGGCGUGGGAAGCAAGAUGGUCCAUGGUCAUGGCUCAACUCAUACGACGUGCCGAGAUUCCCUCCCUGUCUUCUUCUAUCGUGAGUAUCGGCCCUGGUCAAUCCGCAACCUCCGGCCUCACAUUUGCCCACCCUGAGAAGACCAUUCCUUCCGGUGAGCCAAUUUCCCCGUGGGAACACCUUCAUCAUGAGGGUUACUGGCUGUCUCGUUCGGCGAAGCACAGCAAGCUUCGACGAAAUCUCGCGAGGCAGAUUCCAGAAGAGGAUCGUAUUCCUCCCGGACAGUCCCCUGCGUCCCAGAUUGCAAACAAGUUUUACAUGUACGAUACGUAUCUGGCUCCAGAGACACAUGUGGAGGCCCCUCUAUCGGGACGUCAAGGAUUCGAUCACUCCAGUCUGAUCAUCGAUACGCUGAAUGCGUCCUUGAAAGAGUUCUCGAUACGUAACCAGCGUCGGAUGGUCGAAAGUCUAACCCUAGAGAUCGCAGAGGAAUAUAUAAAGAUAGGCUCAUGGUCGGAAGCAUUCAAAAUUCUUCAGCCAAUGUGGUCAAGCCUUAGCUGGCGUAAUGCUGGUUGGUGGAGGCUCAUGGAAAGAUUCGGGUGGGCGUUGAGAGAGUGUGCCUUCCAACUCAACUCAGCAGAAACAGUCCUCCGGGUUGACUGGGAACUUCUCAGCAAUAUUUUCAAACCUCGGCCUGACUGGACGUACGACAUGCACAAAAGCCUCAAAAGUUUACCCUCGGAAAAACCUAAACCUUCUGUUGUUCUCAGGGCAGAGGAUGUGGUGGGAUGCCUCACGGCAUCUUUGGUCUUUGAAAAAGCCGAGGGAAACGUCGGGGAACCUUUGCAGGUUCAACUCGUUGUCUCAUCGAAUGCCCAUUCGUUAUCAGGCCCAAUAUCACUUUCGGAGAUUAAAAUUGUCUUCGAGGGCUGUCUUCGGCCCGUGAAGCUUCAAUCUGAUCAUAAUGCCGAGCCUGAUACCACGAGUGCCACGAGAAUCGCAUCCCUUCAGUUGCGCGAACAAUCCUCUAGUGACUCGUCGUCUCUCCAAUCACCUACAAGUGGGCUCAUGCCCUUAGUUGGUCUCGCUGAUUUGACGAUCAGCCCCUCGCAAACAAAAGUGUUUGAUCUGACCUGCAUCCCCCGGGAAUCUGGAGAAGCAAGGGUUGCCUCCAUCACUCUGCUGAUGGAAGAAGAUGAAUUUGACCUGGCUUAUGCCAUCACCACCCAAGAGCAAUAUAAACCGUCUUGGUGGCAGCAAACCAGCAAGGGUCCAGCCCGAAGACGGGUUGGAAUGACCCGGGACCCCAGGAGGUGUAAAAUCCUGCCAAAGCCCCCGAAGAUUCGCAUCACCACCCCGAAUCUUCGAGGUAACUACUAUACUAACGAGCAAGUGGCUCUGCGCAUUAUGAUCCAAAAUGAAGAAGAAGAGACGGUAGACGUUUCUGCCGAGAUUCGGUUGUUUGGUCGUCCGGAUUCUGCAGCGAAGAUCCAAUGGCCCGAUGAACUUCCAGGUGGCGCAGAACCUAGUGAUCCCGCCGACACUGCUGGUAGCUCCCCGACUGAAGGAGCUUCACACUUUCUCAAACGCUCUAUUGGAGUCAUGAAUAGUUCCGCCACGCAGGAAUUAGUGGUAAUCCUCAGAGACACUAACGAAGCUUCCGAUUUUGAACUCGAAGUCUCUGCCCUAUACAACCUUGUAUCCGAUGCACAGACUCCAAUUGUGAAGGUAGUCACUGUGGAGUUGACUUUCAUUCGUCCCUUCGAGGCAAACUACGAAUUCCUGCCUCGUAUUCAUCCAGAGCCCUGGCCGGACUUUUUCCAUUUUAGCGACUACUUGAUCGCGGAUGAGGCCAGAGAAAAGCCUGACGGUUUACAGCAGCGAUGGUGUCUCAACUCCAAGGUUGUAUCGUUUGCCAAGGAGUCUUUAAUAAUUGAAAAAAUUUCGCUGGUUCUUCUGAACCUGAGUGGUGGCGCUGUCAGCACGAUCGGCUCUGAAUCCAUCGUCGGCCGGGAGCCGUCGUCGGAGCUUGCGCCGGAAGGGCUUCGGGACUCCAAUUUUGAUCUUGACAUCCAAAAGCUCCGCCUGGCUGACCGGCGGCCUACUUCCCUGGAUCUUGAAUUAGACAUCCAGUGGCGGCGCCCAGGUGACAGCAACAGCCCCGAAUCACUAACGACGACUACCCUGGCCAUCCCUCGAUUCCUUGCACCCAUGGGCGAACCACGGGUACUUGCAUCUUCAAAACCCUCGCCAUCUUUGUCCGGCCUCAUCCAUAUCGACUACACAAUUGAGAACCCAUCCCUCCACUUCCUUACCUUUAACUUGACCAUGGAAGCCAGCGAGCAGUUUGCGUUCAGCGGGCCCAAAUCGACCGUUGUCAAGCUGGUACCGCUGAGCCGACACACAGUACGGUACAACCUGCUGGCAUUCGGACGUGGCCUCUGGAUCCAGCCUCAACUGGUGGUGGUUGACGCCUACUUCAACAAGACCCUCCGCGUCCUGCCCACGGAGGAGAUGCGAUCCGACAAGAAGGGCAUUCUGGUCUGGGUAGAUGCUGAUGAUUGA